GCCCCGCCCAGGGCCGGGACACGCCGUGCCGUCCGCACCCCCCGCCCCGCCCGCGCUGGCGCAGAGCUGGAGCCGGAGCCCGAGCCGGAGCCGGAGCGGCGUCGGGGACAAGCUGCCGAAGGGACACCUCGGCCUCAGAAUCUUUACUCUAAGGUGUCCUGACACUUGAGCCCUAUAGUAUCAUGAGUGUCUGCCUGGCUCUGGCAUGGAUAUUCCUGGCUGGACUAUGGACAUCUGUAGGAGCUCAGGAUCCCAUCACGUGGGAGGUGCAGCGAUUUGAUGGUUGGUACAACAAUCUCAUGGAGCACAGGUGGGGCAGCAAAGGCUCCCGGCUACAACGUCUGGUCCCAGCCAGCUAUGCAGAUGGUGUGUACCAGCCCUUGGGAGAACCCCACCUGCCCAACCCCCGAGCUGUCAGCAACAUAGCCAUGAGGGGCCCUGCAGGGCAGGCUUCCAUGAGGAAUCGCACAGUGCUGGGGGUCUUCUUUGGCUACCACGUGCUGUCGGACCUGGUGAGCGUGGAGCGGCCCGGCUGCCCCGCCGAGUUCCUCAACAUCCGCAUCCCGCCCGGGGACCCCGUGUUCGACCCCCAGCAGCGCGGGGACGUGGUCCUGCCCUUCCAGAGGAGCCGCUGGGACCCCGGCACCGGCCAGAGCCCCAGCAACCCCCGGGACCUGACCAACGACGUGACGGGCUGGCUGGACGGCAGCGCCAUCUACGGGUCGUCGCACUCGUGGAGCGACGCGCUGCGGAGCUUCUCCGGGGGGCGGCUGGCGUCUGGGGGCGACCCCGCCUUCCCGCGGGGGGCGCAGCAGCCCCUGCUCAUGUGGACGGCGCCCGACCCCGCCACGGGCCAGCGCGGGCCGGCGGGGCUGUACGCGUUCGGGGCGGAGCGCGGGAACCGCGAGCCCUUCCUGCAGGCGCUGGGGCUGCUGUGGUUCCGCUACCACAACCUGUGCGCGCGGAGGCUGGCGGCCCGGCACCCGCGCUGGGGGGACGAGCAGCUGUUCCAGCACGCGCGCAAGAGGGUCAUCGCCACCUACCAGAACAUCGCCAUGUAUGAGUGGCUGCCCAGCUUCCUGAGACAAACACCCCCAAAGUAUGCAGGCUACCGCCCUUUCCUGGACCCCAGCAUCUCCCCAGAGUUCUUGGUGGCCUCUGAGCAGUUCCUCUCCACCAUGGUGCCCCCUGGCGUCUACAUGAGAAAUGCCAGCUGCCACUUCCGGGAGGUCCACAAUGGGAACUCGAGUGUCUCCAGAGCUUUCCGGGUCUGCAACAGCUUCUGGAACCGAAAGCACCCCAGCCUGAAGAAAGCAGAAGAUGUGGUUGAACUGCUGCUGGGCAUGGCCUCCCAGAUUGCCGAGCGAGAGGACCAUGUGGUAGUUGAGGACGUUCGAGAUUUCUGGCCAGGGCCACUUAAGUUUUCCCGCACGGAUCACCUGGCCAGCUGCCUGCAGAGGGGCCGGGAUCUGGGCCUGCCCUCUUACGCCAAGGCCAGGGAAGCUGUGGGCCUGCCUCCCAUCACCAGCUGGCAGGACAUCAACCCUUCACUCUUCCGGAGCAAUGGCACUGCCCAGGUGCUGGAGGCCACGGCCGCCCUCUACAACCAGGACCUGUCCAGGCUGGAGCUGCUCCCUGGGGGGCUCCUGGAGAGCCAUGGGGACCCGGGACCCCUCUUCAGUACCAUCAUCCUCGACCAGUUUGUGCGACUGCGGGACGGUGACCGUUACUGGUUUGAGAACACCAGGAAUGGACUGUUCUCUGAGGAAGAGAUUGCAGAAAUCAGAAAUACAUCCCUCAGGGAUAUCCUAGUGGCCGUCGCCAACAUGAAACCCAGCACACUGCAGCCCAACGCCUUCUUCUGGCAUGCUGGAGACCCCUGCCCACAGCCAAACCAGCUCAGUACCGAGGGCCUGCCAGCCUGUGCACCACUUGUCAUUCGGGACUAUUUUAAGGGCAGUGGAUUUGGCUUUGGGAUCACCAUUGGGACCCUCUGCUGCUUCCCCUUGGUGAGCCUGCUCAGCGCCUGGAUUGUCGCCCGGCUCCGCAGGAGGAAUUUCAAGAAGCUCCAAGGCCAGGACCGCCAGAGCAUCAUGUCUGAGAAGCUUGUGGAUGGUGUGGAAGCUGUAGAGUGGCAGGGCCGCAAGGAGCCCUGCAGGCCGGUGCUUGUGCACCUGCAGCCCGGGCAGAUCCGUGUGGUGGACGGCAGGUUCUCUGUGCUCCGCACCAUCCAGCUGCGGCCCCCUCAGCAGGUCAACCUCAUCCUAUCCAGCAACCUCGGACGCCGGGCCCUGCUGCUCAAGAUCCCCAAGGAGUAUGACCUGGUGCUGCUCUUCAACCUGGAGGAGGAGCGGCACGUGCUGAUGGAAAACCUCCGGGCAGCCCUGAAGGAAAGCGGCCUAAGCUCCCAGGAGUGGGAGAUGCGGGAGCAGGAGCUGAUGCGGGCAGCGGUGACACGGGAGCAGCGCAGCCAUCUCCUGGAGACCUUUUUCAGGCACCUUUUCUCCCAGGUGCUGGACAUUGACCAGGCCGAUGCAGGAACACUACCCCAGGACUCCUCACAGAAGGUGCGAGAGGCCCUGACCUGUGAACUGAGCAGAGCCGAGUUUGCUGAGUCCCUGGGCCUCAAGCCCCAGGACAUGUUUGUGGAGUCCAUGUUCUCUCUCGCAGACAAGGACGGCAAUGGCUACCUGUCCUUCCGGGAAUUCCUGGACAUCUUGGUGGUCUUCAUGAAAGGCUCCCCUGAGGAGAAGUCUCGCCUAAUGUUCCGCAUGUACGACUUUGAUGGGAAUGGUCUCAUUUCCAAGGAUGAGUUCAUCAGGAUGCUAAGGUCCUUCAUCGAGAUCUCCAACAACUGUCUGUCCAAGGCCCAACUGGCUGAGGUGGUGGAGUCCAUGUUCCGAGAGUCGGGUUUCCAGGACAAGGAGGAGCUGACGUGGGAGGACUUCCACUUCAUGCUGCGGGACCAUGACAGCGAGCUCCGCUUCACACAGCUCUGUGUCAGAGGGGUGGAGGUGCCUGAAGUCAUCAAGGACCUCUGUCGGAGAGCCUCCUACAUCAGCCAGGAGAAGAUCUGCCCUUCUCCCAGAGUGAGUGCCCGCUGUUCCCGCAGAAAUGCCGAGUCAGAACUGACCCCUAAGAGACUACAGUGUCCCACGGACACAGACCCUCCCCAGGAGAUUCGACGGAGGUUUGGCAAGAAGGUGACUUCGUUCCAACCCCUGCUGUUCACCGAGGCGCACCGAGAGAAGUUCCAGCGCAGCCGGCGACACCAGACGGUGCAGCAGUUCAAGCGCUUUAUCGAGAACUACCGGCGCCACAUUGGCUGCGUGGCCGUGUUCUAUGCCAUCGCCGGGGGCCUUUUUCUGGAGAGGGCCUACUACUACGCCUUUGCGGCUCAUCACAAGGGCAUCACCGAUACCACCCGCGUGGGCAUCAUCCUGUCGCGGGGCACGGCGGCCAGCAUUUCCUUCAUGUUCUCCUACAUCCUGCUCACCAUGUGCCGCAACCUCAUCACCUUCCUGCGGGAGACCUUCCUCAACCGCUAUGUGCCCUUCGACGCCGCCGUGGACUUCCACCGCCUCAUCGCCUCCACUGCCAUUGUCCUCACAGUCUUGCACACUGCCGGCCACGUGGUGAAUGUGUACCUCUUCUCCAUCAGCCCGCUCAGCGUCCUCUCCUGCCUCUUCCCUGGUUUCUUCCAUGACGAUGGGUCUGAGUUCCCCCAGAAGUAUUAUUGGUGGUUCUUCCAGACCGUCCCAGGCCUCACAGGGGUUGUGCUGCUCCUGGUCCUGGCCAUCAUGUACGUCUUUGCCUCCCACCACUUCCGCCGGCGCAGCUUCCGGGGCUUUUGGCUGACCCACCACCUCUAUAUCCUGCUCUAUGUCCUGCUCAUCAUCCACGGCAGCUUCGCUCUGAUCCAGCUGCCCCGUUUCCACAUCUACUUCCUGGUGCCAGCCCUCAUCUACAUGGGGGACAAGCUGGUGAGCCUGAGCCGGAAGAAGGUGGAGAUUGGCGUGGUGAAGGCCGAGCUGUUGCCCUCAGGAGUGACCCACCUGCGGUUCCAACGGCCCCAGGGCUUCGAGUACAAAUCAGGACAGUGGGUGCGGAUCGCCUGCCUGGCCCUGGGGACCACGGAGUAUCACCCCUUCACGCUGACGUCUGCGCCCCACGAGGACACGCUGAGUCUGCACAUCCGGGCAGCAGGGCCCUGGACCACGCGCCUCAGGGAGAUCUACUCACCCCCAACGGGGGACGUUUGUGCCAGAUACCCCAAGCUAUACCUCGAUGGACCAUUUGGAGAGGGCCACCAGGAGUGGCAUAAGUUUGAGGUGUCAGUGCUGGUGGGAGGGGGCAUUGGGGUCACCCCCUUUGCCUCUAUCCUCAAAGACCUGGUCUUCAAGUCGUCAGUCAGCUGCCAAGUGUUCUGUAAGAAAAUCUACUUCAUCUGGGUGACGCGGACCCAGCGGCAGUUCGAGUGGCUGGCUGACAUCAUCCGGGAGGUGGAGGAGAAUGACCGCCAGGACCUGGUGUCUGUACACAUCUACAUCACCCAGCUGGCUGAGAAGUUCGACCUCAGGACCACCAUGCUGUACAUCUGUGAGCGGCACUUCCAGAAGGUGCUGAACCGGAGUCUGUUCACGGGCCUGCGCUCUGUCACCCACUUCGGCCGCCCCCCCUUCGAGCCCUUCUUCAACUCCCUGCAGGAGGUCCACCCACAGGUCAGAAAGAUUGGGGUGUUUAGCUGUGGCCCCCCUGGCAUGACCAAGAAUGUGGAAAAGGCCUGUCAGCUCAUCAACAAGCAGGACCGGACUCAUUUUUCCCACCACUAUGAGAAUUUCUAGACUUCCUGUUGUGGGGAGGUGUCUCCCCACCCUCACCUGCUAACUUUGGUCCAGGUGGCCAUGAUCAGUCACCCCCACAUGGUUUCAGGGGACUGGUCUCCCACCUCCUGCCCUGUGUGGGCUGUGACCACUAGGUUUACAAUGGGCUUCAGCCUGGAGAAGUGUGAGGCACUGUCUGGGGACUAGAGAUUGGGAGGUGCAGAGCUAUUUUUAGGAUAAAAUGACACCCCUUCUUCUGAAGUAAAAUCUAAGUCUAGAGCUAGUGUGUGUGUGUGUGUGUGUGUAAGGGGCUAUGUGUCUAAGGAUGAAGUGGGUGCACAGAUGCUGGCAUCUUAGGACCCCUUCCCAAGAUGCCCCCUCAUGACGUGAAGAAGAGUGCAGAGGCUGGAACCACAGAGCAGUUAACAGGAACCCCCUCAGCACUUGAGUGUUACAGUACAGCUGACUUGGCGUCUUUAAACACAGUCAGAACCUGGCCUGGGAUCUCUGGUGUUCUUUGGCGCUUCUCUUCCUGCUCUAAUUGUCCCUAUUGAAAAUAAACCACUUUUCUGCUC